AUGUCUACUCGACUAAUAAAUCCAUAUGAGUCCCCGACUUUUGGAAAGUCCUUACUGUUGAGGGUGGACGGUGCAAUUGGUGCCAUGUCGCUAUCUCCAAACGGUAGAGACGCAGUGUUAGCCGGACGGAGGGGCUUGUUCGUAAUCGACAUGGACGAUCCAUUCACGCCUCCGCGUUGGUUACAUCAUAUAACUUCAUGGGAAGUUGCUGAUGUUCAAUGGUCUCCACACGGUACCGUCAAGCCGUCGUGGUGCAUAUCAACGUCGAACCAGAAAGCGCUCUUGUGGGAUUUGAAUCGACCGUCGAAUAACGCCAUAGAGUAUAUCCUCCACUCACAUUCAAGGGCAAUUUCAGAUAUCAAUUUUCACCCAUUCGACCCGGAAAUGCUAGCGACUUGCUCUAUUGAUACCUUUGCAUUUUGUUGGGAUAUGAGGACUCCUAGAAAACCGGUUGCAAAAUGGGCCGAUUGGAGAGCUGGUGCAAUUCAAGUGAAAUGGAACCAUGAAAAUCCACAUGAGAUUGCCCUGACCCAUGAUAACUCACUUUACAUCUGGGAUACUCGGAAGGGCGCACUUCCUGUUUUUAAAAUUACAAAAGCCCACCAAGGUAAGAUAAAUGGACUUGACUUUAGUCAAGGAUUGAAAAAUAUCAUCACAUGCUCCAAUGAUCGCUCAAUUAAAUUUUGGGAUUUGGAAAGUGACAAAGGUAAAACUGCUAUUUCUGACUUCAACUACUUUGGCAGUGCGACUGGAAAUGGCAUGGAACCUAGUGUUGUUAUCGAGGAGGACUUUGCAAUUGCUCGAGCCCGUUCAUUGCCCUUUGGGUCUGACAAAGCGUGUGGUGUCAUGCCGUUGAGGGGAGGAAAUAAUGCAGUACACAUUGUAAACUACGAAGAAGCCUACCAGCAGUAUUUGGCCACUGGAGAAACACAACUAUAUAAAGGAUCUUCUGUCUACAGCUUCGUCGGCCAUCAUGGACCCAUAAAGGAUUUUCUAUGGAGAACAAGACAUGAAUCAUACAACGGAUUCGAGUCAAAAAAUAACUGGAAAGAGUAUCAGUUGGUCACUUGGUCAGAUCUGGAUGUCGAUUUGAAGCUAUGGCCUAGUGAUGAUAAAUUGUAUCGGCUGGUCAACUACGAUCCAACAUUCUUCAAUGUUUUCAAGAACGAUCUGGAGUCUGAUCUCACUGCGACUGAAAAGCCGGAGAAACAGCAGGUUCCACUCGACUAUAGAACCUAUUGUCAAGAACCAGAGGUUACAAUCGAUGAUUUGGCGAAAACAAACGGCGGCGAUUUGUUGUCUGCAUUGACGUCGUAUCAAAUAUUAGAAAAGCAUAGAAAUUUAGGACUGGAGUUUAGCCAACUAGAUCAUUUAAACUGGAUUUCUGGAGUUCGUUUGGGGCAUGCAGAACGCGCAGAUCGCAAAAAUAACUCAUUACACGCGGACGGUGAAAGUCCUUCUAACUUGGGUGAAGAGGUUAGUAUAGUGGGGCACAAGUUCCCAUUUAUCAGAUUUGAGAAAAUUUCAGUAUCAACAGGAGACUUGGUGAUUAGUCUUAAAGGUCCCGUACCUUUUCUCACCCAUAAAGCUGCUAGCCAUCGAAAGUCCGUGGAUUCUAUAGAAAAUAGUCGAUUGGCACUCACAGCUGCAAACUCGACAAAGGACAAGAGCGUUAUUAGCGAAGACGGUAAAGAAGCUGAACUUAAAAGUCAAGCUGACGCUAGUGUAAAUGAUUCUCACAUGGAAGGACUGGCUGAUAACAUUACAGAACUGAAGUUGGUGUUCAUUCGCGUGGUGCUAAGCUUCCCGAAGGCUUAUCCGUAUCUUGAGCCGAUUGAGUUUGACAACGGUUUCCUGAAAAGGAAAUUUCACAGGUUGCAGAAACAAAACUCGAUAGAAUUUAGCAUUGAAGAAACACAUGAAUUAACCAAGGAAGUGAAACUAGAGAUGGAAAGCCACUUGGAAGAAAUUGCACAAUUUUACACUAACAAGUACCAACAGUUUUGUCUUGAACAAUGUUUACGGUACCUAUUGGGCGAAAAGGUGGAUCUUGACGACGAGGCAAUGGUGGAGACGCGAGGAGAGGUGAUGGAUGACGAUGCCUCUUUUCUUCCGGAGGUUGGGGAUGAGGAUUGGGUAGACGACUUGAUAAACCAGCAACCCGGUUUCCGUGGGUACUCGUCAGGAGAGGAUGAAGAAUAUGAUGACUUAAUUCCUGCUGCCAGCGUCAGCACGUCCCUGUACAAGGUUGCACCUAGCGCAGACACCGUUGUUUCAGCCGACUACAAAGGACAAAACAGCUUUGACUCCACCCCAAUCCCAAAAGGAUGUGGAGCCGUUUGGGCACCGAACGGUCUGUUGGUUUGUUUCUUUAUACCCAAAGAUAACCAAAGUGUUACAGUUUCCAAGAAUAGCCCUCACAAACUGAAAUCGCAGAAACAUUCUAAUUUGGAAUUACCUUCCACAUCGCUUGAUGCAGGCUCACCUGCACUUGAAGCAAUAGAUAACAGUGAUACAGACUCGGAAUUGUCAGAAGUGGACAACCACUCUGAAACUUCAUCUUCAGAUGAUUAUUUCGAUGACGAUUUGGAGGAAAUAUUAAAACAUGAUGCUUCGUCUAGAAGCAGAGUCCCGGGACCGUUAUUACCGGAUGUGGGAUUAGGAUCUCGAUUUGUCUCCGGUGGAAGCAGACACAAAUCGUCAUUGAAGAAAUUCACUAGUCACGGCGAAAGCUUGUCUAAUUAUAGAUCUUCCGUGAAGAAUGAGCGUAAGAAGGGUAAACAUUAUUCCAUCGAAGAAAAGAAAAAUGUUGUUGUUAUACUCGAUUUUGGACAUUUGCUACCGAACAGAAUAGAGUUGGCUAGGGAGUACAAGCUUGUUGGAGACACUCCAGAGAAUCUUGCACAGUAUAAUGCAAAGAUAGCUGCAAAGUAUGGACUUGAUGAAAUAUCUCAAGUUUGGAGAAUUUUGGAGAUUAUUUUGAGCAACAACGCAAGGGAUACUUUUGAAUCAUUUGGUGUGGCAAAGACCCUCAACGCAAAAGAUAAGUCAAAUAAAAUGUUGACAAAAUGGGGAAUGCAUCCUUUUGGUUACACGUGGCUUAUCAAAGAGAUUUUCAACUACUUUGUUGAGAGGCAGAAUACGCAAAUGCUUGCAACCAUGUCUUGUGUGUUGCAUAAAUCACCUUAUACAAUGCACUACUCUGAUUUAGACUUGGAAAGUGAAAGUGUCCUAGGCAUUGGACCACAAUCGAGUCAUCAAAGUCUAACCACUGACCCAGCAAAGCAUUCGGAGUUUGAUUAUACUGCGUAUAAAGCUUCUGACGUGCAUUCGAAUGCGAGGAAUAUCGACUAUCUGCAUUCAGUGGAUUCGUCUGUCGAGUACAACUCACAUACUGAAUCUGUGGAUCGGUUAGGUUACGGAAGGAGGGUAGGACACUCUUUCUCGGUCUUGACUUCCAAAAACGGCUCGCAAAAUUCUUUCGUGGAACAACCGCCAUCGUAUCGAACGUCAACGCCAAAGCUGACUUCACAUAUGCUGGUAACCAAAUCCAGAACCGGCAAGGUCGCAACUACUGAGUCCAAGCACCAGCGUCCUCCAACAGUCACAAUUGAUAUGCAAAAUGUGGAGGAGUUGGAUCUAUACGAGGAGUCGUAUUCAUCCUUACUUCCUGACUUUUUAGAUAGCAGUGAGAUGCAAAAGUAUCGACUGCAUUCAACUACGGCGGCAUUGAUCUCUUCCACAAUUUCGAUACUAAUGAAUGCAAAGUAG